AUGAAAAACUUUGCAUGUUUUAAUGGAUAUGAUUUAUCUUCAUCCGAUUCGGAUACAUCUACUCACAGUGCAGCUACUCAGGAUGAGUCUAUGCCUUGUUCGAGUAAUCGAAUUGAUUCUGAUGAAGAAGACCAACAACUUCCGCAACAGAACGUGAAUGGAGGGGGACGAGUGGAUGAGAUUGAUAAUUGCCAUUGUGUUGACCUGAUUAAAGAAUACGAGGAUUCUCACAAGAAUGACAAAGUGCAAGUUAUCUCAACUAAACCUCAACGAAAGGAGACUCGUGGAAGGAAGCGCAAAUUUCGCAAAAGCAUGACUAAUGUCAUCGCUAAAAAACAAAAUGUUGACCACACUUCCAGACAAAUACCUUUCGUUGAAAAAGAAAAUUAUUUCUUAAACGGAAAAGGUAUGGUAGUGGACACAAUUUUGGGAUUUAGCAGAUUACCUGACAAUGGGAAGACGAUGGCUUUGGUUUGUUAUUUGGAUGGACAAAUCGAGUAUAUCCCUGUUGAUUUAUUGCGUAAAAAUGAAAGUGGAAAGGAGCGUCUUGUUGAUUUUCUUUUACAACGUGUUCAAUUUAUUGAUCUUCCCUGAUAUAUUUUGGGUAUUAAAUGUUUAUUUGAAUAUUGAUCUUUCUU